UGGUUAUAUAGACCGGCGGCUGAGCACGCGUGUGUGCGGACGCAGUUGCGUUAGGGUAUUUUGCCACCGCCCUGCUUUGGAGCAAAGCUUGUUCCUCUCCCGAUCAGCCGCGCAGGUUGAAUUGACCAAAGCAAUGGUUAUGGAGAAGCCUAGUCCCCUGCUGGUCGGGCGGGAAUUUGUGAGACAGUAUUACACAUUGCUGAAUCAAGCCCCGGAUAUGCUACACAGAUUUUAUGGAAAGAAUUCUUCUUACGUCCAUGGAGGAUUGGAUUCAAAUGGAAAACCAGCAGAUGCGGUCUAUGGACAAAAAGAAAUCCAUAGGAAGGUGAUGUCACAAAACUUUACCAAUUGCCACACUAAGAUUCGUCAUGUUGAUGCUCAUGCUACUUUAAAUGACGGCGUGGUGGUCCAAGUGAUGGGGCUGCUCUCUAAUAACAACCAAGCUUUAAGGAGAUUCAUGCAGACAUUUGUUCUUGCUCCUGAGGGCUCUGUUGCAAACAAGUUCUAUGUUCACAAUGAUAUCUUUAGAUACCAAGAUGAAGUCUUUGGUGGUUUUGUCACUGAACCCCAGGAAGAAUCUGAGGAAGAAGUAGAGGAGCCAGAAGAAAGACAGCAGACACCAGAAGUGGUACCUGAUGAUGCUGGAACUUUCUACGAUCAAACUGUCAGCAAUGACUUAGAAGAACAUUUAGAAGAACCUGUUGCUGAACCAGAGCCUGAACCUGAACCAGAACCUGAGCAAGAACCUGUAUCUGAAAUCCAAGAAGAAAAGACUGAGCCAGCAUUAGAAGAACCUGCUCCUGAGGAUGCUCAGAAGAGUUCUUCCCCAGCACCUGCAGAUAUAGUGCAGACAGCUCAGGAAGACUUGAGGACAUUUUCUUGGGCAUCUGUGACCAGUAAGAAUCUCCCGCCCAGUGGAGCCGUUCCAGUUACAGGGAUCCCACCUCAUGUUGUUAAAGUUCCAGCUUCACAGCCACGUCCGGAGACCAAGCCUGAAUCUCAGAUUCCACCGCAGAGGCCUCAGAGGGAUCAAAGAGUGCGAGAACAACGAAUAAAUAUUCCUCCACAGAGGGGUCCUAGACCAAUUCGUGAGCCUGGUGAGCAAGGUGAGGUUGAACCUCGAAGAAUUGUGAGGCACCCUGAUAGUCACCAACUCUUCAUUGGCAACCUGCCUCAUGAAGUGGACAAGUCGGAGCUCAAAGAUUUCUUUCAAAAUUAUGGAAACGUGGUAGAACUUCGAAUUAACAGCGGUGGGAAGUUACCAAAUUUUGGUUUUGUUGUGUUUGAUGACUCUGAACCGGUUCAGAAGGUUCUUAGCAACAGGCCUAUCAUGUUCAGAGGUGAGGUUCGUCUGAAUGUGGAAGAAAAGAAGACUCGUGCUGCCAGGGAAGGGGAUCGUCGAGACAACCGUCUUCGGGGACCUGGAGGCCCUCGAGGUGGGCUGGGUGGUGGAAUGAGAGGCCCUCCCCGUGGAGGCAUGGUGCAGAAACCAGGAUUUGGCAUGGGAAGGGCCAUUGCUCCAAGGCAGUGAAUUCUUCUUCCCUUGUCGUCAAGCAGCAGUACAAACCCUAGCUCUUGCAGAAGGGUGAAUUUCUUCAACCAGCCUUUGGUAUCUUGGAGUAUGACCCUAGUCUGUUAUAAACUGCUUACGUUUGUACACUUUUACUCCUUUUUGUGUUAAUGGUGUGUGCACCCUCUCCCAUCCUUUCUUCUGAUCUUUAGUCCUUCACUUCCAAUUUUGUGGAAUGAUAUUUUAGGAAAAUGGAUUUUUAAAGAAGAAAAAAAGACUGAAUUUCCUUGCUUACUUUGCAUAUACAGACUGGAUUUUUUUUAACAGCCAUUUCCCCAAAGGAAUGUGUUUUGCUUCUUACUGACAUUUGGUAUGUUUCAUUCAUUGGAAUAUUUCUUACUUAUUUUCUACGUGUUUCAGAAGCCUGUUUGAUAAAACAGUUUGAAGGCAAGAUAAAACUGAAAUUGUUUCUUCUUUUGAGAGUCAUGACUACCUUCUCGUGUGGAGCAGUUGCUAUUGGAAAAAUUGACAAUUUUGAUCUCACUGGUGUGGUUAAAAAUGGAAUAAAAAGUGCUAUCUUUUUUCUUUUGAUAUCACAGAAGAAUUUAAAAACUUAACUGUUUUUUACCAUUGAAAUUUAAAUUGUGUGAUAGGCUUUAAAUGUCUAGAAUGUAAAACUGAUAAGCUUUUCUCUUGAAUUGUUAAAUUUUUUUGAAGUAGAGUUUUUCCAUAUUUAAUUUGUGUUUGUAAAAAAAGGGAAGAAAAAAAUUUCCCCAAAUCCAGAUAACAAACAAACCAGAGUAAAACUGUUGUGCCUUCUAUUUAUCGUUGAUUCCAUUCUUGGCAGUUGUUUAACAGAAAAAGAAUAAAAACAACAAAAAAUAUCUAGUUUAUUCAGGUUUAGAGUAUCUGGGAAAUUUUAGAAUCUACCUUUACCUAUUUUCUUUUGUUAACAUUUGUUAUGCCUUAUUCUGAAAUUGAAUCUCUAACUGGAAUGCCUUUGAAGACAAAUGCUUCUUCUAUAGAAGCUUUUUGACCUAAAUAUUUUGACAAUUUGUAUUAAGUUUUAAUUUCCUUUUUAAAAUCAGAUUUUUAAUCAUAGCCCAUAAAAAGGAUGUCACUUCAAUUGGACUUUGCUGAUGUGCUUCAGUGUUUGCUAGUUUUUCCCCCUUUCCCCUUUAAAUCAUAGCCAUGUGAUAAAUUUUCUAUUUUGUUAUGGUUGUCUUGUUGAUGGGCAUGCAAUGGGUUUCUUGGAAUGGCCAAUUUUUAUUAAAAUAUUUCUGGAAGAAACUUUAA